CCCCCUCGGGGUUCCCUGGGACCUGUAGUUUCGGCGGCCGGCCGAGCGGAAGUCCUGCGGGGGCUCCUCCGGGCUCCCCAGUUGGUUUCCUCGGCGCGGCCCCGGCCCGGCAGGGAGCGAGAAGGACCCUCCGGAUGCCCCGGGGAGGGGCGCGCGCGCCCGCAGACCCGGCGAUCGCCCCCCGACCCGCGUGUGCCGGGGGCCGCGGGGUCCCCACGCCCUGAGAGGAAGGCGUUGUCCAUGAGAGCUGCCGGCCCUUCGCCGGGUGCAGCCGUCCCGGGCGCUAUCCCCGCGCGCUCCGAUGGGACGCCGGACGCCGGUCCCUGGGUGACCAGAGGCCAUCGGGAGCCUGGGCCCGGCGCCGCCGCAGCCGCGGCCUCCCGCCCCCGAGAGCGUGGCCAGAGAAGUCCCUUUGUCAUUCUUGAGUGUUUGUAGAAUGCUAUAAACAGCGCUCAGUUUGUUCGGCAAAUAGCAGAGAGUUGCAGCUUCUUCCUCCUAAGAGAACCUUGACCAGUCCGUUCAAUGCCUAACGUGGCUGAACCAGAAAGAGCAAGUGAUUCUGGCCAUGGUGAGCACUGUGCUGAGAGUCAGUCUCCUGGAGAGAAUCUCCCCAGUGCUCUGCAGUCUUUCUGUUCUCGUGCCUCGGGAGCACCCUUGGGUCCCAAGGGAGAUGGUCACUAUCCAUGGAGCUGUCCAGUGACCCACACUCGGGAGAAGAUCUACGCCAUCUGCUCAGACUAUGCCUUCCUCAACCAGGCGACCUCAAUCUACAAAACUCCGAAUCCCAGCCCCUCCUCUUGCCUCCCUGAAAGUACCUCGCUCUCUGCUGGAAAUAAUGGCUCACGGUACGUCGGCAUCUCCGCCAAUACGCCGGGAAUCAUCCACAAUGAAGAAAACAGCCUGGAAAACUUAUCCAGUAGCCUGGGCAAGCUACCUCUGGCAUGGGAAAUUGAUAAGUCGGAAUUUGAUGGAGUGACUUCGAACUUGAAACACAAAUCAGGCAGUGCAAAGAAACAAAUUUCCAAGAAAAAGACCUCAGACAAAAAGGGAAGACACCCAAGGGACUGGCACCAGCAUUCUCCCGUCGAGGAUAUUAAGCAACGGAAAGUCUUAGACGUCAGACGCUGGUACUGCAUCAGCCGGCCACAGUAUAAGACUUCCUGUGGGAUCUCGUCUUUAGUCUCUUGCUGGAAUUUCUUGUACAGCACAAUGGGAACUGGAAACCUUCCACCUAUUACUCAAGAAGAAGCUCUGCAUAUUUUGGGCUUUCAGCCCCCGUUUGAGGAUAUUCGGUUUGGUCCUUUCACGGGAAACACGACGCUGAUGAGGUGGUUCAGACAAAUUAAUGACCACUUCCAUGUGAAAGGGUGCUCAUAUGUUCUCUAUAAGCCCCACGGGAAGAAUAAAACAGCUGGAGAAACAGCAUCAGGCGCCUUGUCCAAGUUAACACAUGGAUUGAAAGAGGAAUCUCUGGCUUAUAUCUAUCAUUGCCAGAACCAUUACUUCUGCCCCAUUGGCUUUGAAGCAACUCCCGUUAAAGCAAAUAAAGCAUUCAGGGGGCCUCUCUCAUCGCAGGAAGUAGAAUACUGGAUCCUAAUUGGAGAAUCUAGUCGAAAACAUCCUGCUAUUCACUGCAAAAAAUGGGCGGAUAUUGUUACUGAUCUAAACACUCAGAAUCCAGAAUUUCUAGAUAUCCGGCACUUAGAGAGGGGGCUACAAUACCGAAAAACAAAGAAGGUUGGCGGAAAUUUGCAUUGUAUCAUAGCAUUCCAGAAACUUCAUUGGCAGCGGUUUGGCCUUUGGAAUUUUCCAUUUGGAACCAUCAGAGCAGAGUCACAACCUCCGACACACAGCCAGGGAAUGGCCAAGUCGGAGAGCGAAGACAACAUCUCCAAGAAGCCGCACGGGCGGCUGGGCCGCUCUUUCAGCGCGAGUUUCCAUCAGGAUUCGGCGUGGAAGAAGAUGUCCAGCAUCCACGAGCGGAGGAACAGUGCUUACCAGGGCUACAGUGAUUAUGAGGGCAAUGACUGACUGAGCCUACCGGCUGCUGACCAAAUGAUGGAGUUGCUGCUACGGAGCAACCGUUGUCAUGUCCACAAUGGUCCUGGCCUGGACCAUGCUAAGACAGUAGGCGAGCUAACUAAGGCUACCUUCAGUAGGAACAGAUCAUGCGGGAUGAAACAUAACCUUGUAGUUCUCCGGUUAAUAAGCUUGUAUAGGGUGACGGUGAUGUGACUGCAGAUAUAUGAGCAGAUAAGCACAGAUUAUCGUCCUUUUAAAGUUUGGAGUAUGUAGAUAUUCUGGACAAUUUCACAAACUCCAGUAAAUGACAGAUCAGUCAAACACAAUUUCAUUUAAUAGAUUGCAAUUUGAAAUCCUUCAGCAUGAUUUCCUACGGCUCGAUUCCCACUUGUUGCCUAGAUUUCAUUUGUAAGCUCAAGAUGUAUUAAAGCACCCUCGGCCCUUUUCAGAAAAUGGGGCUGUUCUCAUUUUCUCUCAUGGUGAAAGCUCAUUUGAAAUUGUUUAGCUAGUCUACUCAUUGUUUUACUUGCGGCAGUUUCUCGCCAGCCUCACUGUGUCCUGCUUAAGUCUCUCAGGAUCCUUAAUAAAGAGGCGAGAGAGAAAGGCUCCAGAAACUGAUCUUUUCCAUUGUGCAAAUGGGUGGUUUUGGAGCACUGAUUCAAGCUAUUCUUGGUUUUCUUGACUUUGUAUGCUACAGUCAGAUAUUGGCAAGAAUUUUAGGACUUCAAAGGCUUGUCAAGUUCAGAAUGGACCUAGUUUUUAGGAGCAGAGUAAAAGAACAAGUUUCUCUACCCCAGGUGUUCUGAUAAAUGAGAUCCUCUGCUAUCUGAUGGCCUUCAAUGGGAGGUCAUGUGUUGAUAAUAGCAUGAAAGAUGAGUUAGAAAUUUCCUCCAGAGUCAUUCUCCCAACUUCCUGAGCUUUUUCUUCAUGUAGAUGGUGAGCCGAAAUGACCGAACACUUUACUAGUACCAUCGUUUUUUUUCUCCCUGUGAUUCGCAGACAACUAGGAUCUCUUGUUCUUUCAUUUAAGGAUCUUUUUCUGAGACUCAAGUCAGUAACUUGAUGAUUACCAGGUGCUGGGUAUGGUGGUGAGCGUACCUCAAUACACCUCAAGGAGAGGGUUCAGAUUUUUAUUUUUUAAAUAUUUUCAUUUUAUUCUCUUUGAAUUUUAUAUCCAUCUCCAUUCAGACAUGCCUAGCCUAUAGAAGGAGAAAUAUAUAAUGAAAUGGUCUUUUUUUCCUGAAGACAGUAUUUUGCUUGGAAUGCGAAGGAUUGACCGAUUUGUAGGUUGUUGAUUUUGUUACUUCAUACUGAAACUUUUAAGAAGUUUUCAUCAAAUAAAGUUUUGUUUUCUACUUUUAA